AUGAUCCGUUACGCAUUCUACGCCUAUGCCCUGCUUCUUGCGAGAAGGCAGGCUCGACGAACAACCGCAGAAAUACCCGAUGUCUCGUCUGCCUUGCGAGGUGGCGCAGGUCUCUUGGAUGAGCUGGGCUUGGCUUGGGUUGUUGGGAGAGCGAGUGGCCUCUUUUGGUACUCACAUCAACAAGAAAAUAACGCAAAAAAAAAACCGUUUUGGGAGAGAAUCGCUGGAUGGGCUGGAUGGCUUUCUGACUGGGGUGGUCCUCAAUGUGGCAUCUACUGUCUACGGGCAGAGUGUCAUGGACCGGAACUGGUGGGCUAG